GAAUCUUGACAAACGCUGACGUUUCCGAACUCCAACUCGUCAUUCCUGUCGACCUGCUGAAACAAGCGACAUGCUCCAACGGUGUGUUGUGUUGCUGCUUUGUGGCCUCGCUGCUGUGUCUUUGGCCGCUCCAGUCAACAAGGAUGGAGACAAAGACGAAAGAGGUGCAGCUCUGGUGGCACACAUGAAUGGAGAACACGUUCCAAAACCAUCUGCAGCUGAGCCAGAGAACGACACAAAAGAACAUGUAAUUGCUAAGCCAGAAGACAAAAUAACCAAUGCUACUGAGAACACCGACGUUUCCACAGAUGGCAGUGAUGAGUCUAUUGAUGGAACUGGAGAAACAAAGGUCACUGAUUCACCAGAUACCUCAGACGUCAGUAAUGAAGACACCUCAAACGGAGACAGCUCUGAAUCUGAUUCAGCUUCUGUGGAAACGACAUAUAAAGAGGAGAACAACAGCUCUGAAACAGAUGACGUCAAUUCAGACGAUACCAGCAAAUCUCAAAGUGAGGACAAUUCCAGUGAGGAUGAAUCUCAGGAUUCAGACCAGUCAAACUCUUCUGAUGACAGUAGCGACUCAAAGGAAAGCACUGAAGGUCAGAGCGUGAGCUUGGACAAAGAUGGAACUGGGUCCGACUCUGGGGCCUCCGACGUGUCUGACGAUGGAAGCGACGAGAAGUCUGAUUCUGAAAUGAGUGAAAAUGAUGACAGUGAAGAGGCUGAUGACAAGCCACAUGCAAGUGGUGAAAAACAUGAAGACUCUGAUUCGGAGAUGAGCAAAAGUGGGGAAAGUGCAGAGUCUGAUGCAAAGCCAAGUGCCAGUGAUGAGAACAACGAUGAGCCUACUUCUAGGAUGAGUGAAAACGGGAAAUCCAAUGAUAGUGAUGAAAGCAAAGAUGAGUCUAUUUCCAAGGUGACUGAAAGCGAUGAAAGCAAUGAUGACUCUAACUCCAGGAAAACUGAAAGUGAUGAGCCAAGUAAGGAGUCAGACUCUGACAUGAUAACAGACGAUGAACCAAGUCAGGAAUCUGAAUCCAAAAUGAAUGAAGAUGAAUCUGAAAGCGAUGAUCACGAGAGUCAGGAAUCGAAGGACUCUAAGUCUGAUGAAGACAAAGCAGAAGUCAAAGAUGACAGCUUAGCUGCUGAGGAAGACAAUGGUGCUGUGGAAGAUGAAAACAGCCAGAACCAAGAGUCCAAAGAGCAUGAAUCAAAGGACAGUGAGGAGGUGGAUGACAAUGAGGAGGAGGAGGAGAAGGAGGAAGAAGAUGCGAGUGACAGCAGUGAAGAGGACCAACAGAAGAGCAAGAGUGAGAGCGACGAGGGCGUUGAUUUGAGUAUGACCGACAGUGAUGCGGGGGCCGACAGCGAGGACAGUGACGCGCCAGACUCCAAAGCCUCUGAGGACACCAUGUCAAACGACAACACUGAAAAUGAAGACACUAAGGAGUCCAAGCCCACAGAAGAGGCAACCACUGACAGCCAGUCUGCUGAGUCCAACUCCCACACCACAUAUGCCUUGAUCAUCUGAACUGUGGAAGCACACUGAUGCCAGGACAGAAGCAAUCAAUGGCCACCACGGUGGAUAACAGUUGCCAUGACAACAACAUGAUAAACUGCAUCUAAACUCCAGCUUCCAGUUUGUUGGGAGUCUCCAGCCUUUUUUCCCCCCUGAUUGCUGUUCCUUUAUUAAAGCUGCUUUAGGUUUACUAUAAAUGAUGUCAUAAAAAAAAAAAAAAAAAAAAGAUGUCUUCCUCCUCUUUUGCUGGCUGCAUCUCUUCGAUGUGUCAGUUUUAACUUUAACUCACUGUUAGCCUGUUUGUUUGCAGAAACAUUAAACUAGCUGCUGAGCUCAGAUCUUCUGCUCUUUGUGUCUGAUUUCACACACUAACGUGUACAUACAGUCCUUCGUUUACUUUAAAAAACAUUAAUGAUUAUUUUUUAAAAGAAAAUGCGGGAUGACCAGACAACGAUUGUACGCAAGAAACGGCUAAUAAAGUUUGAACUGUCCGAAA